AUGUCAUCUCGUACAGCAGCACCGACGAUCCCGUCAUUGAAGCAGGCUUUCAUCACCAGCCAAACAACACUUCUUUCUCAGCCCCUCGCUCCAUCCCGCUCAUGGCAAGAAACCAACGACGCGUCAGAUGAGGCUAUCCCCGAGCGCGUCGUUCAAGAAGUCUUAUAUAAUCUCAACCACACUAUCCAGCAACAUUGUCGCCGCGUCUACCCUCCGCAGGCUAGUCGCAGUAUUGCUGAGCAGAUCAACGAUGUUUAUACUAAGGAUGCUGAGCGGAAGGUGGGAGGACCUACUGAUACUGAGGGCGGCAUUGGCAGAGAGCUUGACUUGACCGAAAAUGAAGCUAUAGAAGCUUUACCCGUCUCAUGGCACUCAGAAAAAGACAUCAACGAUCAUCCCAUGGAAGCUAAGCGGUAUGCAGACGCUGUUCAGCAGCUUGCUGAACUCAACGACCAACGCAAGCAACUUCGAGAGCAAGUUGCACGCUUAAAACGCCUUCAAUCUAUCGUUGAGCCACUUCAAACAGAUGAUAAUGGUGCCGGUAUUCAAGAGAACUUACUCACUCGAAAUGGACCAGUUGAGAAGGAGCUUGAGAGAAUGAGAUUCUUGUUGGCUCGAGUUGGUGGCCGUGUGCAUGCGCUGCCUGAGGAAGCUCCGAAUGGUGAAGCGAAGGAAUUCAGUUUGGCUGAGAUGGGCGCACAAGGGCGGAAGAGACGUGUUGAUCAGUUUCUUGCUGAUGAUAAAGUGUUUCCGUCAUGA